UCCUCCGUAAAGCCCAAAACCUCAGCAAAAUCAUAAGCAACUCGGUAAAAAGUUCGUAUAAAAAAGUUACAAUGAAUCGUUACUCAAACCAAAACGCCCAACCCCUCUUCGGAAAAACGCCCCAGUCCCCUCCCUAAACCCCACCACCGCGGGCAACCAUGCAAGCCACGCUGAUAACCACAACACCACGCGCCGCCUUAAUCCCCACCCGGUAUGGACCCCACCACCCAAGUGGUAGACCCUGCGCCAGCUUAUCUCUCCGGGCUUCCCUCGCCUCCCCGGCUGUCACUGUGGACUCCUCACCCGCACCCCCAACCAGCACCGAGAUCCGCAAGCUCAACAGUUACAGCUCCCAAGUGACGGAGCCCAAGUCCCAGGGCGGGUCCCAGGCGAUCCUCCUCGGCGUGGGGCUUUCCGAGGAAGACCUGUCGAAGCCUCAGAUCGGCAUCUCUUCCGUCUGGUACGAGGGCAACACCUGCAACAUGCACCUCCUCAGUCUCUCCGAGGCCGUCAAGGAAGGGGUCCUAGAGGCCGGCAUGGUGGGCUUCAGGUUCAACACCAUCGGGGUCAGUGACGCCAUUUCUAUGGGCACCAGAGGCAUGUGCUAUAGCCUCCAGUCGAGGGACCUCAUUGCUGAUAGCAUUGAGACUGUAAUGAGUGCCCAGUGGUACGAUGGAAAUAUAUCUAUUCCUGGCUGUGACAAGAAUAUGCCAGGUACAAUUAUGGCAAUGGGUCGGCUUAAUCGACCAAGUAUUAUGGUUUACGGUGGAACUAUCAAGCCUGGUCAUUUUCAAGGCCAUACUUAUGAUAUAGUUUCUGCCUUUCAGUGUUAUGGAGAAUUUGUAAGUGGAUCAAUUAGUGAUGAACAGAGAAAGAUUGUAGUCCGAAAUUCAUGUCCUGGGGCAGGGGCUUGUGGUGGGAUGUAUACAGCCAAUACAAUGGCUUCUGCUAUUGAAGCUAUGGGAAUGUCUCUUCCAUACAGCUCUUCGACACCUGCUGAAGAUCCAUUGAAGUUGGAUGAAUGCCGUUUAGCAGGAAAAUAUCUUUUGGAAUUACUAAAAAUGGACUUGAAACCACGAGAUAUUAUCACUCACAAAUCCCUACGUAAUGCGAUGGUUAUCGUCAUGGCACUAGGUGGCUCGACAAAUGCCGUGUUACAUUUGAUUGCUAUUGCAAGGUCUGUUGGUCUGGAUUUAACUCUGGAUGAUUUUCAGAAGGUCAGUGAUGAGGUUCCAUUUCUCGCAGAUCUUAAGCCUAGUGGCAAGUAUGUCAUGGAGGAUGUGCACAAGAUUGGAGGAACACCUGCAGUCAUUCGCUACCUUUUGGAGCGUGGUUUUUUAGAUGGAGAUUGUAUGACUGUUACCGGGAAGACACUGGCUGAAAAUGCAGCAAGUUUCCCUCCCUUAUCCAAAGGACAGGACAUAAUAAGACCAUUGGAAAAUCCCAUAAAGGAAACAGGCCACAUCCAGAUAUUGUAUGGAAAUCUUGCACCAAAUGGUUCUGUAGCAAAGAUCACCGGAAAAGAGGGGCUAUAUUUCUCUGGUCCUGCACUUGUUUUUGAAGGAGAGGUAUCUAUGCUUGCAGCUAUUUCAGAGGAUCCUCUGAGUUUUAAGGGAAAGGUAAUCAUUAUUAGAGGAGAGGGGCCUAAGGGGGGACCGGGCAUGCCCGAAAUGUUAACACCAACAAGUGCAAUAAUGGGAGCAGGUCUUGGGAAGGAUGUUGCUCUGCUUACUGAUGGUAGGUUUUCAGGAGGCUCGCAUGGAUUUGUUGUUGGCCACAUAUGCCCUGAAGCACAGGAAGGUGGUCCAAUUGGUUUGAUUGAAAAUGGAGACAUCAUCAACGUUGAUGUUGAGAAGAGGAGAAUAGAUGUUCUGAUAACAGAUGAGGAGAUGGAGCAGCGAAGAAAGAAGUGGACUCCACCUGCAUAUAAGGCUAACAGAGGAGUUCUUUACAAGUACAUCAAGAACGUGCAGUCGGCUUCGAGUGGAUGUGUGACUGAUGAGUAGUGGAGAGGACAUAUUUGUUGCAUCCCAUGGGGUGCCUUAUUAUUGCGGCUAUUUUAGGGUAUCUAGCUACUCAACUCAUCGGUUUGUUUAGCCUUAGAGAACUAAGAGUGAUGUACGUUUAAUAAAUUUCGAUGUGGCAAAUAGGGAUUCCUUCUUUGUGGCCCUUGCUAUUUGUAGAAAACUCCCUGAGGACCCUAAUGGCGAUAAAAGAAUCAUCAUCCCUUGGCCUUGAGAAGGUUAUAAUGAUAGCCGACUCCUUGCAGUUUUCAGUCCCAAUUUAACUCA